CUAUUAAAGAGAUGCGAAGUUGAACUAACGGUUAAUUCUGCGCUGUGACGCCAGUUAAAGUUUCAAUAACCGCAAUGAAAGAUGCAUUUGAAGUGGAAGCUCUGAAAGAAAUGGAAGAGGAAUACUUGAAGAGCGUUGUUCAGCUGUUUGUCUGUUGCGUGGCUCUUCCUGGUGUAACCAAAGAUUUGUGGACAGAGGAGAAUGAGAGCGCUUUGGUUCAGUUUAUUGUGGACACCACUAUCACAACUAUGGUGGUCUACAUAGACACCAAUGCCAGGCUGCGGGUGGAAUACUCCAUACCCUCACCAGCGGCAGAGUGCCUCAACUAUUUCAUCCGCAAGCCAGGAUCCAAAAUCACAGCAGAGACUUUUGAUAAGGUGGUGCAGUUUGGCAGCGUGCGGGGUGACCCUGCCAAGAGCCUGCUUAGUAAAAUUGCCUGUAUCCAUGCCCCUGCAGUGGCCCUUCACGACUUUAGGGACAAGAGCAUAAAGGACAACUAUACCAACAACAUGCAUUGCUACCUUCUCAGCCUCACAGAUGAUGUGAAUAAGAAAAAGGGAGAAACAGUUCUAUAUGUCCCAGUGGAAUGCCAGAAGUUCAGCCCUGAGGACGCCAACAAGGACAAGAAGCUGUUAUUCAGAAUGGAGACUAUCAUGAUCCACUGGACAAAUCAGGUGAAGGAGGUGUUAAAUGAGCAAAAAGUGAAGAUGAAUACGAGGGACUCCAGAGGCCCACUGCAGGAGAUAGCCUUCUGGAAGAGUCACUCUGAUAAGCUGUCACACAUCAGCUGGCAGCUGCAAAAGCCAGGGAUCUUGCACAUAAAGAACAUCCUGCAGCUCUCCAAGUCUAUCUACGUAGCGGGCUUCAGCGACGUAGCCAAGAAAUUACAGGAUUUUUCUGAGGAGGCCAAAUCAAACCAUGCCUUCCUGUCUAUAUUGAAGGAGCCAUGUGAAGAGCUUGUCCAGCUCAAGCCUAGCCAAGUCGCUCCUAAACUGAAACACAUUUUCAGUCUCAUUCGCAUAAUCUGGACCAACUCCCCCAACUUCAACACAGAUGACAAGAUCAUCAAUCUCAUUCGCGGGAUGAACAAUGAGGUCAUCUCCCUGUGCAUCAAAAGCAUCUCUCUGGACAGGAUUUUUACUGGCUAUGUGUUGUCCAGCAAGCAGAACCUCAGUGACUGUACUGAGUGCUGCCUGUCCCUGAAGAACAUUUACAUGCACACAGAAAAGAUUCACCAAAAAUAUUCCCAACAAGGGUGGGUCCUAGAUUCAUCAAACAUUUUUCAUGUUGUAGAUGCUAUCAUUGAGAGGUUCAGUGACCUGCUUGAGGUAUGCGACUGUCAGCAUCAAUUUGCCCGUUGGGAUGAUGGUCAACAGAGGAGGAUGCCAGUCAUUGGUGGUUGCCAGGGAACAGAGUUUACCCAUGUCCUCCUGGACAUUGAAAAAAACUUGGAGCGUGGCCUACAGAAGCUGCGCUCUGUUGAUAAGUUUGUCUUCGAUAUCAAGAACGAGACAUGGUCUAUUGAAUUCAAAAGGUUUGGUGAUUUGGUAAAGGGUCUGGAAAAGAGGAUGAGGAACCUGACCAGUUCGAUGUUUAAGGAGGUGUACAGAGUGGAGGACGGAGUUCUGCUUUUGGAUAUUUUUAGACCUGUAUUUACCCGAACGGCCAUGGUGUCCACCAUGAAAAAUAAAGUGGAGGAAGUGUACAGGAUGUUUGACAAGGAGCUCAUCUUAGUCAGGACAGAGCUGCAGAACAAAACUGCUAUUCCUGACCUUAUGCCCCGGUUUGCAGGCCAGGCCUGCUGGGUGAGAGGCCUCACACAUCGCAUACAGAGACCCAUGGAGGUGCUUGAGAAGACCUCCCACUUCAUGUAUGACUCAGACAGCCGCAAGCUGGUAUUUUCCAAAUAUGGCCAGAUAAUCGAGGCUCUGGAUCAGAUGGAGAAAGAUACCUACAGCAACUGGAUCCAGAACCUGGAUGAGAAGUACAUCAAGAGACUGGAGAAGCCACUGAUGGUGCGCUGCAAGGACAAUACCUCCAUGCUGGCCAUCAACUUUGACAACAACCUAUUAAAUCAGAUCUCUGAGCUCAUGUACUGGAAGAACCUUGAGUAUGAGAUACCGCCGUGUAUGUGCAACAUUUACCAGAACAUUGAGGACUUCAGAGUCCUGAGGGAGAGAACACUGCUGCUGAUCAGGAACUAUAACAGACUCAUUGGAAUGCUUUCUCCUGACGAGCUGGGUCUGUUUCGGGAGAGAAUUUGUGUAAUUGAUGAGAAGAUUCAGCCGGGACUGACAAGCCUGUCGUGGUUGUCUAGGGGACAUUCGAACAUCUUCAUCCAACAGUGUCUCCUGCUUGUUGACAAGGUCCAGUCAGUAGUUGAUGAAUAUAAGGAAUUCAGUCAGACCAUCUCCAACCUCUGUCAUCAGAUCAGUGAAACAUUGCUGGUUAAACUGGAUGGAAAGACUGUGUACAGGAACAUGGAGUUUGAGGGUGACCAAAAGGCUCACCAGCAGAACCAGCUCCAAAUCCUGCGCUCAGUGCAUCAGAAUAUUGCUAAUAUCAUGACCCGAAUCCACAGCACUUUCUCUAAUGAUGGACCAAAGGUUCAGGAGUACUGGGCGAGCUUCACAGACAAAGUGGACAACAUGGUAGAGAAAGCCCUAAGGUUCAACAUCAAGCUUUCCAUGGAGAAGCUAAUAAAGGCCAUCAGUGGAGACAGCAAGACAUCGUCCAAACCCUUGUUCAAAAUUGACGUAGCAUUGCACUUGGGAGCUCAUGAAACCACACCAAAGGUCGAGUUCUCCCCAACACUCAGAAAGCUUGCUGAGAUGGUGAACAUUAUGCCUGAGCUCAUAAACAUCAUCUCAGAAUUUAAACGACUACCACAACUUCUCUCCUGCGAAGAGUCACAGAGGAAUCCCAUACACAUCAACAUCGAGCAAGACAAGGAGAUAAGGAAGAUUCAGGCUGCAGUUGUCACACAAAUGACAGCCAAUGCAAGCCUCCUGCAGGACUAUCUGAAGACCUGGUACAAAUACAGGGAUAUCUGGGAGAUCAACAAGGACUCCUUUAUACAACAGUAUGAGCGGCGAAACCCAUCAGUCGCUUCUUUUCAAUCAGAAAUAAGCAGGUACGCAGAAAAGGUUGACAGUAUUGAGCGGGAAAAGACGACAGUGAACAUCCAGUUUGUCACCCUGAGCAGUUCACUAAUCAAGUCAUCGUUGAUGCAGCACUGGAGUGAGUGGCACACCAAACUCACUCAGCUGCUCAGCCACAUGGCCACCACCCGCAUAAAAGAACUUGAUGACUCGUUGCAAGACAAUGCCUACAGGCUGGCAGACCCCCCUAAGACACUGGAGGAGCUUGACAAUAGACUGAAACUCUUGGUGACUCUCCAGGGCGAUUUGGUCAAGACAGAAUCUCAGAUUUCUGUUGUUCAUGAUCAGUUUACUCUUCUGGACAAAUAUCAGGUCUCAGUGGAACAGGCUGUGCAAGAUAUACGUAACAAGCUGAAUGAGAAGUGGCAGUGGUUCCAGCAGGUGGUAAUUAACAGUGAAAUCAAGCUGCAGAGGCAUCAGGAGGAGUUUAGGAGCAAAGUCAUCGUCUCCUCUGAGGAGUUCCAGAGGAAAAUCCAGACCACUUUGCAGGAGUUCAAAUGCACAGGUCCAUUUAACAGUCUGCUGAGCACUGAGUUAGCCUUGAAACAAAUAGCAGAGUAUCGCAGCCAUGUGGAGGAUCUAAAACAGGAAGAGAGCACCGUUCUUCAGGGGCUGCGCUCCUUCAAAAUAAAACAGCCUUCUUCCAAAGGCCUCCGGAUGCUGGAGAAGGACAUAGACCACCUGCAGCAGGUCUGGGAGAUCACACAGGCCUGGAAUGCCAACUGGGACAUCUGGAAGGUUGGUCAUUUUGCUGUGCUGCAGACAGAGAGUAUGGAGAGCGCAGUACAGGACAUGUUCCAAAAACUCCACGAACUGCAGAGCAGAAUAGAGGAAAAGUGGGACAUAGUACAUUUCUGCAAGAACAAGUUUGAACAGGUCAAGCAGCUCAUCCCUCUCAUUGCUGAGCUGAAGAACCCAGCCAUGAGACACAGGCACUGGAAGCAGAUCUGUGAUGAGGUGCAGUGCUCUUUUGAUCAAACCAGCACAGAAUUCACCCUGGAGAAGAUGCUAUUUCUGGACCUCAACAAGUAUGCUGACAAGAUCCGUGAGAUCUCUGGAGCUGCCAGCAAGGAACUCUCCAUAGAACAGGAUUUGGAGGGCAUUACCAAGAAAUGGGAGGAAACACUCCUGGACAUAGCACCUUUCAAAGAUUCAGACCACUACUGGUUGAGGAACACAGAGGAGCUUUUCCAGGCCCUGGAGGACAACCAGGUUAUUCUGUCCAAAAUGAAGACGUCUCAUUUUAUUAAGGCAUUUGUGCAGGAGGUGGACAACUGGGAAGAGCAGCUGAACCAGGUGCUGGAAUUCAUUGAGAUGGUUGUCACUGUGCAAGAUCGGUGGAUUUAUCUGAAGAACAUUUUUCGAGCAAAGGAUAUCCAGAAGCGACUGCCUCGUGAGUGCAAAGAGUUUGAAGACAUUAGUUUUAGUUGGAAGAACAUCAUGGUCCCACUCUAUGUGGACAACAAUGCCUUGCAUGCAACACACCAUCCAGGCUUGCUGGAGAAGCUGUCAGAGGUCAGUGUCAACCUGGAGGAGAUCCAGAGCAGCCUGGACAUGUACCUGGAGACCAAGAGGCAGAUCUUCCCAAGACUCUACUUCCUGUCCAAUGAUGAUUUGGUGGAGAUCCUAGGCCAAUCACAAAACCCAAAAGCCGUGCAACCACACCUGAAGAAGUGUUUUGAUAACAUCAAGAGCCUGCACCUUAAUGAGCCACGGAAUAGCUUUGCCAGCGGGAUGUUUUCUGCUGAUGGGGAGUAUAUUGACUUUGUCUCUACAGUGAACCUUGGACAACCUGUGGAGGUUUGGCUGUGUGACGUUGAAAAGGCCAUGCGUAAAAGUCUGAAUAUACAUCUGAGUGACUUCAUUUCCUGUCCGAAGAAAACAGAAGAACAGAGAAAAAAAUGUGUCACAGAAUGUCCAGGACAGGUAUUGAUCACAGCCAGUCAGAUCCAGCUGACCACUGACAUCACCAAAUCUCUCAGUGCCAGCAAGGGAAAAUCCUCCUUUAAGUCCUUGAAGAAAAAGCAGGUGUCCAAGCUUCAAAACUAUUCAGAGACCCUCCGUGGAAACCUGACCAAAGUCCUACGUCUGAAGAUUUCAGCACUGGUCAUAGUGGAGGUUCACGCUCGGGAUGUCAUUGACAAGCUGGCUAAGGCAGGCUGCAGUGACAUCAAUGCCUUUGAGUGGCUCUGCCAGUUGCGACUAUACUGGGAGAAGUGUGAUUGCAAAAUCCAACAGACCAGUGCAUGUUUCAAGUAUGGCUACGAGUACCUGGGCAACUCUGGACGGCUCGCCAUCACUCCACUUACUGACAGGUGUUAUAUAGCUCUGACCACAGCGCUCCAUCUCCAUCGAGGUGGCUCUGCUAUAGGCCCAGCUGAUACUGGGAAGACAGAAACAGUGAAGGACUUAGGCAAAGCUCUUGGCAUGUACGUCCUUGCAAUCAACUGCUCUGAAGGGCUAGACUACAAGGCCAUGGGACACAUGUUCUCUGGCCUGGCACAGACAGGAGCAUGGGGAUGCUUUGAUGAGUUCAACCGUAUCAACAUUGAGGUGUUGUCAGUAGUGUCCCAGCAGAUCCGCUCCAUUCUGUCUGCACUCUCAGCUGGACAAUCCAAGUUUCAUUUUGAUGGGCAGCACAUAUCUCUGGUUUCAUCAUGUGGCAUCUUUACCACCAUGAAUCCCGAUCGUGCUGAUUGUACUGAGCUUCCAGACAACCUCAAGUCGAUGUUCAGACCAGUCUCCAUGGUGGUGCCAGACUCCACUGUUAUCGCUGAAAUCAUACUGCUUGGAGAGGGCUUCAGUAACUGCAAGCUUCUGGCUAAGAAAGUGGUUACCCUGUACUCUCUAGCAGUGCAGCAGCUAUCUAAACAGGACCACUAUGAUUUUGGCCUGCGUGCUCUCAUCUCCUUGCUUCGCUUUGCUGGACAGAAGCUUUACUCUUGCCCCAACGUUCCUGAUGAAGAAAUUCUGCUAAUGGCUAUAAAGGACAUGAACAUUGCUAAACUGACCUCACUGGACUUGCCACUGUUCAAUGCGAUCACUGAGGACUUGUUCCCUACUGUGGAAACACCCAUUGUAGACUAUAGCAAUCUGAAGAAGGCUAUAGAGCUGGAGCUUUGUCAGAGUGGUUUGCAGGUGACUCCCGUUACCAUGACCAAAGUCAUCCAACUUUAUGUGACCAAGAUCUCUCGACACUCCACUAUGCUGGUGGGCAAGACAGGCAGCGGUAAAAGUGUCACCUGGAGAACCCUGCAGAGUGCCCUGACUGCCCUGCACCGCAGGGGAGUGCCUGGCUUCCAGGUGGUCCAGGAGUAUUCUCUGAACCCCAAGGCAAUGAGUCUGCGAGAGCUGUAUGGUGAAAAUGACCUCUCCACCAACAAAUGGACUGAUGGAGUGCUGGCCUCUGUCAUGAGAUCAGCCUGUACAGAUGAGGAACCAGAUGAGAAGUGGAUUGUGUUUGACGGGCCAGUUGACACACAGUGGAUAGAGAGUAUGAACUCUGUUAUGGAUGACAACAAGGUGCUCACACUCGUCAAUGGAGAGAGAAUCUCCCUGCCUGAACAGGUGUCUUUGCUUUUUGAAGUGGAUAACCUGGAAAAUGCCUCUCCAGCUGCAGUGUCUCGCUGUGGGAUUGUCUACAACGAUUACACUGAUCUGGGAUGGAGGCCUUUUGUUCAGUCCUGGCUGGACAAGCGACCCAAAGCUGAAGUGGACCAUUUAAAGCAGCUGUUUGAGAAAUAUAUAGAGAGCACACUAAACUUUAAAAAGAACAACUGUAAGGAGCUGAUUCCCAUCACUGACUUUAAUGGAGUAAUGUCUUUCUGCCGGCUCUAUGAUGCCCUGGCCACAUCUUGCAAUGGGGUGAAUAAUUCGGACACAGAAAACUUUGGUAGGACAGUGGAGCUCUUGUUCGUCUUCAGCCUUAUGUGGUCCAUCUGUGCCUCUGUUGAUGAGGGCGGACGUAAGAAGAUAGACAUCUUCCUACGGGAGAUGGAGGGCACCUUUCCCUUCAAGGACACAGUUUAUGAGUACUACGUGGACACCAAGAAGCAACAAUGGGUUUCUUUUGAAAACAAGCUGCCAAAGCACUGGCGCUACAAUGCCAAUGCUCCAUUCUAUAAGAUCCUGGUUCCUACAGUGGACACUGUUCGCUACAACUUCCUUGUCAAGGCCCUGGUAAUGGGCCAGUACCCAGUGCUGCUUACCGGGCCAGUGGGCACUGGUAAAACCUCAGUGGCCCAAAGUGUCUUGCAUGGGUUAGAUAAGACGUGGACUGCCCUCACUGUCAACAUGUCUUCACAGACCACCUCUAAUAACCUCCAGGCCAUCAUAGAAAGCCGCCUGGAGAAGAGAACCAAAGGCAUGUUUGUGCCAACAAAUGGGAAGCGCCUGGUGUGCUUCCUGGAUGAGCUCAACAUGCCAGCCUAUGACCUCUUUGGCUCCCAGCCACCACUGGAACUGUUGCGCGCCUGGAUCGAUUAUGGCUUCUGGUAUGACCGCCAGAAACGGACCCCAAAGUUUGUCACGAACAUGUCCUUGUUGACGUGCAUGGGGCCCCCUGGUGGAAGGAGGAUGCACAUUUCUGACCGCUUACAGAGUCGAUUCAACCUCAUCAAUGUAACGCUCCCUAAUAAGUCCCAGAUCAAGCGGAUCUAUAGUACAAUGAUCAAGCAAAAGUUGGAGGGGUUUUGUGAAGAGGUGAAGCCCAUUGGAAAGAUUCUGACUCAGGCCACCUUGGAAUUUUAUGAUGCUGUUUCAGCUCGUUUUCAUCCCACUCCGGCCAAGACACACUACACCUUCAGCCUCAGGGAUAUCUCCAAGGUGUUUCAGGGUCUGCUAAGAGCUCACCCAGACUUACAUGACACCAAAAACAACAUCACAAGACUGUGGAUCCAUGAGUGCUUCAGGGUUUUCUCAGACCGGCUUGUAGAUUACAUUGACACUGAAGCUUUUGUUGCUUUGCUCGAGGAGAACCUGGGCUCCCACUUUGACCUCCCAUUCCACAACAUCUGCCCGAACAAACAACCACCAAUAUUUGGUGAUUUCCUCAAUGAGUCUCAUGUGUAUGAGGACCUACAGGAUAUGAAGGGACUCAAGAAGUUCAUGGACACCCAGCUGGAGGAAUACAACCAGUCACCUGGCAUAGUGCCCAUGAACCUGGUGCUCUUCCGAGAUGCCGUCGAACACAUAACACGUGUCAUACGUGUGAUUAGUCAGCCGAGGGGAAACAUUCUGCUGAUUGGUCUUGAGGGCUCUGGUAGACAGAGCCUGUCUAAGAUGGCCGCCUUCAUCUGUCAGUACCAGGUAUUCCAGGUGGAAGUCACCAAUCAGUACCACAAAACAGAAUUUAGACAAGACAUCAAGAAGCUGUACCGUUUGACUGGUGUGGACAACAAGUCCACGGUCUUCCUGUUCAGUGACACCCAGAUUGUAGAUGAAUCCUUCCUAGAGGACAUCAACAGCAUCCUGAGUUCUGGAGAGGUGCCGAACCUCUACAAGCAGGAAGAGUUUGUUGAGGUAUGCAAUGCUCUGUCAGAGUCUGCCAGGAAAGACCAUGUAGUGGAGACUCCUGACUCCUUGUUCAGUUACUUCACAGAGCGAGUCAGGAAAAAUCUGCACAUAGUUCUGUGUAUGAGCCCAGUGAGAGAAUCCUUCAGGAAGCGCAUCCUCCAAUACCCAGCACUUGUCAGCUGCACCUCCAUGGACUGGUUCGGUGAGUUUUCCAAAGAUGCUCAGCUGGAGGUAGCUGAGAAAUAUUUGGAUGGACUGGAGCUGGACUCCUUGGAGGGGAUCCAAACAAAGGCUGCCAGUAUCUUUGCGACCACACACCAGUCGGUAGCACAGGUGUCCCAAAGGAUGAAGCUGGAGCUGCGACAACAUAAUUAUGUGACCCUCAUCAACUACCUAGAGAUGGUGUCUGUAUACAAGAAGCUGUUUGCGGAGAAAAGCUGUGAGUUUGGGGAACAGGUGAGAAAGCUGCAUAAUGGCCUUCUCAAGAUCAGUGACACACAGGAGAAGGUGAAGGUCAUGUCUAUAGAGAUGGAGGAGGCCAAGAAGCAGGUGGCUGAGUUAAAGACACAGUGUGAUAAGUACAAUUCCAACAUCGUAGAGGAGACGACAGAGGCUGACUGUCAGGAGCAGGCGGUGAGGUCUUACAGUCAGAAAAUUAAGAAAGAAGAGUUAGAGUGUAAAGCCUUGGCUGAGGAUGCACAGAGAGCCCUGGAUGAGGCCCUCCCUGCCCUGAACGAGGCCAUGAAGGCUGUGGAGUCUCUGGAUAAGAACCACAUGAGAGAGAUUAAGUCAUAUGACCGUCCCCCAGGACCGGUGGAGACAGUGAUGAAGGCUGUUAUGAUCCUUCAGUGCAGAGAGCCUACAUGGGCAGAGGCUAAAAGACAUCUAGGCGAGCCCAACUUCAUCAAAUCAGUGAUCAACUUUGACAAGGACAAUAUAUCGGACUGUGUGAUGAAGAAGAUCCGCCGGUACUGCGGACAGGCAGACUUCCAGCCAGACAUCAUCGGCAAAGUAUCAUUGCCUGCCAAAUCCCUCUGUAUGUGGGUCAGAGCCAUCGAGAUUUAUGGGGGAAUAUACAAGUCGGUGAAACAUAAGCGGGACCACCUGAACGGUGCCAUGGCCCAGCUAGCAGAGAAACAGUCUGCACUGGCUGAGACCCAGAACAAACUACAAGAGAUGAGGAAUAAGCUGGACCGGCUGAAAAAGGAGUUAAUUGAGAAGAUGGCCAUGAAGGACAGUCUGAGUAAGAAAUCCAGUGAGCUGGAGUUGAAACUGAAAAAAGCCGACAAACUGGUGACAGAACUUGCUGGAGUGAAAGUCCACUUGAAAGAGACAGUUGCUAGUCUUGAAGAAAAAAUGGGAUACCUGGUGGGAGACAGUUUGCUAGCAGCAUCUUUUCUGUCCUACAUGGGACCCUUCCGUUCCAACUAUAGACAUGAGCUACUUGAAAUCUGGAUGGAGGAGCUUCGAGACUUAGACAUUCCGUUCACACCAGGGUUCAGUUUUGCAAACUUUCUGUCAGAUCCUACAGCAGUGAGGGACUGGAACAUUCAGGGCCUGCCCUCUGACCCAUUCUCUACUGAGAAUGCAGUUAUCAUUACCCACGGAAACCGAUGGCCGCUGAUAGUGGACCCCCAAGGCCAAGCUCUGAAGUGGCUCAAGAACAUGGAGAUGAAGAGAGGUCUGAAAAUAAUCGACUUUCAGAUGCCAGACUAUCUGCAGGUGCUGAAGGAUGCCAUCCAGUUUGGGAAUCCUGUUUUGCUGCAGAAUGUCAAGGAGAAGUUGGAGCCUUCUCUCAACCCAGUUCUUAACAAGUUCAUGACACAGAUUGAUGGCCGGCUGCAUUUGAAGCUUGGUGAUGACAAGGUGGAAUACAGUCCAGCGUUUCGUUUCUACAUCACCACAAAGCUCUCUAACCCCCACUAUACCCCAGAGAUUUCUACAAAGACCACCAUUAUCAACUUUGUUGUGACAGAGCAGGGUCUGGAAACCCAGCUACUGGGAAAUGUGGUGCGUAAGGAGCGUCCAGAGCUAGUAAAAGAGAAGGACUCUUUGGCGAUGAGCAUUGCCUCCGGCAAGGAGAGCCUCCAGGAGCUGGACAAUGAUAUCCUCAGGCUGCUGAAUGAGGCUGCUGGCUCACUGCUGGACAAUGUGCAGCUCGUGGAUACCCUACAGGCAAUCAAAGUGACAGCCACCAAGGUUUCAGAGCAGGUGGAGAGCAGUGAAGACACCAAGAUUGAGAUUGACUCUGUUCAAGAGGCCUAUCGCCCAUGUGCCCAGCGAGCCUCCAUUCUCUUCUUCAUCCUGAACGACAUGGGCUGCAUUCACCCAAUGUACCAGUUCUCACUGGAUGCCUACAUCAACCUGUUCAACCUCAGCAUAAGAAACAGCACGCACUGCCAUGACCUGGAGUCAAGGAUUAUCAACCUCAAUUUUUACCACACACUGGCAGUAUAUAAGUACGGAUGCCGUAGUGUGUUUGAGGUCCACAAACUGCUCUUAACCUUCCACAUGUGUGCCAGAAUGGAGGCGGUGGAUGGAAGUCUUAAAAUGGACGAGUACAGCUUCUUCCUUCAUGGAGGAAUCGUACCUGAUAAGGAGUAUCAGAUGGACAACCCCUGCACCAGUUGGCUGCCAGAAACCAGCUGGGACAACAUCACCGAGCUGGAUAAGCUGGUCAACUUCCGUGGCAUCAUGGCCUCCUUUGAAGAGUACCCUCGAGACUGGAAUCUUUGGUUCAGCAGCGCAGAGCCAGAAAAUACCACACUACCAGGAGAUUGGGAGAACAUCUGUAAUGACUUCCGGAAGAUGCUGAUUGUGCGCUCCCUGCGACCAGACCGCACCUCUUUCUGUGCCACGUCCUUCAUUCGUCGUAACUUUGGCCAUCACUUUGUGGAGCCGCCUAUUCUCGAUUUGAAGGCUGUUGUGAAAGAAUCCACUUGCUGGACUCCUCUGAUCUUUAUUCUGUCUCCUGGGGUGGACCCCACUGCAGCCCUGCUGCAGCUGGCUGAGACCUCUGGAAUGAGCAAGCACUUCCAUGCUCUUUCUCUGGGCCAGGGAAUGGCUCUCAUUGCCAAGAGCAUGUUAGAGGAGGCCGUCAAGGAUGGACACUGGGUGUUCCUUGCCAACUGCCACCUUUGUCUCUCAUGGAUGCCUGAGCUAGACAAGUUCGUGGAGCAGUUACGGAUGCAAAAGCCCCACCCAAACUUCAGACUCUGGCUGAGCUCAUUGUCUCACCCUGACUUUCCCAUUACCAUCCUGCACAACAGCAUCAGGAUGACCAUUGAACCACCAAAGGGUGUGAAAGCCAACAUGACUCAUCUGUACCAGCUGGCUCAGUUCAACUGCUGCUCAAAACCCAUCGUCUACAAGAAGCUCCUCUUCUCCCUCUGCUUCUUUCACAGCAUCCUGCUGGAAAGGAAAAAGUUUUUACAGCUGGGCUGGAACACUGUCUAUGGCUUCAGCGAUUCUGACUUUGAGGUGAGUGAGAGUCUGCUGCGUCUGUACCUGAAUAACUACAAGGAGGUUCCUUUGGACGCACUGAAGUUCCUCAUUGCUGAGGUCAUCUAUGGUGGUCACGUCACAGAUGACUUGGACAGACGUCUUCUAACGACAUACAUCAAUCACUACUUCUGUGAUGCUGCCAUAAACCAGCCCUUCUUCAGGUUGUCCUCCUUAAGCUCCUAUUAUAUCCCCCAUGACGGUACCCAGUCCUCCUACGAGCAAUUUAUCAGCAUGCUGCCGUCCACAGAGCACCCUGAGGUGUUUGGCCAGCACUCUAAUGCUGGCAUUGCUAGCCAGAUUGCUGAGACCACAACGCUGUUAGACUCACUGCUCUCCCUGCAGCCGCAGGCCACCAGCCCCACUGCUGCAGGGGGCAGGCCCAAUAGAGAGGACAAGGUGUUAGAGCUGUUGGCAGACAUUCGUGGGAAGAUUCCAGCACUGAUUGAUUACGAGGGAACCAGGUCGCUACUCCAAGAAGGGAACCCUUCACCUCUAAAUGUGGUCCUGCUGCAAGAGAUCCAGAGAUACAACUCUCUGUUGGAAAGCAUCAGUAUAUCCCUGGUGGAGCUGGAGAAUGGGAUCAAAGGCGUAGUGGUGAUGUCGCCCACCUUGGAGGAGAUGCUCAACUGCAUCUAUGACAACCGUGUACCACUGCUGUGGCAGAAGGCUUACCCCUCACUGAAGCCCCUGGCAGCAUGGACCACAGAUCUGUGCCAGCGAGUCGAUCAGUUUGCACGGUGGGCAGAGACAGCACAGCCACCCACCUUGUUCUGGAUCUCUGGCUUCAUCGCGCCCAAUAGUUUCCUCACCGCUGUGCUGCGUUCCUAUGCUCAACGACACAAUGCACCAGUGGACAUGCUGUCUUGGAAGUUUACAGUGUCCACUGUAGAUGACAGCAACCUUCUUGACGCACCCAAGGACGGAGUAUUUGUUAGAGGUUUGUACCUGGAGGGGGCUGGCUGGGACAAGAGGAACGCCUGUCUGGUGGAAGCUGAGCCCAUGCAGAUGGUCUGUCCAAUGCCCACCAUCCACUUCAAACCUGUGGAAAAACGCAAGGCCAAGAGUAUGUACCAGUGUCCGUGUUACUACUACCCAGUGCGUUCUGCGGAGGUAUCUUUUGUGAUCAGCGUACAGCUCAACGCUGGAGCUGAGACCCCAGACCACUGGAUCAAGAGAGGGACUGCUCUCCUCAUGAGCCUGUAGAACUGAGGCAUCAACACACACACACACAGUGUGUAGUAGCUCUACGUUUAUUCUAAGUUUAUUAUUAAUUGUUGGUUUUAGAUGUUCUAUGUUAUUGUUAUUAUGUUUGUGUUGUAUUGUUACCUGAGCAAAUUAAAUUUGACAGAUU